AUGAGUUCUAGUAAACUGUUUGUUGUUGCCAUCGAUUUUGGCACGACAUACAGUGGAUAUGCCUUCUCUAGUAUUAGCGACAAGGAGCAAGUGUUGACAUACAAUUGGAGUAAAGGUUUAUUACAGGCUCCUAAAACCCAGACCAGUAUUUUGUUUACGCCUGGGAGAGACUUUCAUUCCUUUGGUUAUGAAGCAGAAGAAGAGUAUGCAAGGCUAUCGCAGCUUAAGGAGAACAGAGACUGGUAUUUCUUCAAACGGUUUAAGCUUACACUGUACAAAAAUGAAAAUUUAAACGAACAAACAAAGAUCCCAGACUGUACCGGUAAGCAAAUGCCAGCUAUAGAAGUGUUUAGUGCUGGGAUCCGAUAUUUGAAGAACCAUUUGUUCACUCAUUUCAACGAACGAAUUCCAAUGCGUGACGCUGAUAUUCACUGGGUCCUAACAGUUCCGGCUAUCUGGGAUGAGGCUGCGAAAAAGUUCAUGCGUAUAUGCGCAGAAAAGGCUGGAAUACCGGGAAACCAGCUGACAUUAGCAUUGGAACCAGAAUCCGCUGCAUUGUACUGUCAGUUAGGUACUCAUAGAUCAGGCUUGUUACCAUUACAACAUGGUGCCAGAUUUUUAUUGUUGGACUGUGGAGGUGGCACAGUUGAUAUCACAGUUCAUGAAGUUCGAUUGGACAAUUCUCUCAAAGAAAUUCACAGGGCAUCGGGAGGUCCAUGGGGUGGAAUAAAGGUUGACGACGCCUUUCAGGAAUACUUGUUAGAGUUGUUUGGAUUUGAAUGUAUAGCUUCUCUCCCAAAACAUGACGUCAUAGAAUUGGAAAGAAGUUUUGAAUUAUUAAAGAAAAAUGUCAAUACCGAAAGUAAAAAUUACCAUAUGCAAAUUCCGUUGAUCUUACGUCAGUCAGCAGAACCUGGAACGCUUGUUGCUGGGAAACUGCGACUAAAUUCCAAAAUAGUGCAGAGUUUUUUUGAGAAGCCAGCAGCAAAUAUAUGCAGACAUAUUCAUGAUGUAUUACUUUCUUUAAGAGAACACGAGAUAGAUACCAUACUUUUGGUCGGAGGAUUUGCUGAAAGCAAAGUACUUCAAGAAAAGGUUCAAUCAAAGUUUCCCACAAUAAAAGUGUUACAACCGAAUGAGCCUGGCUCAGCUGUCAUUAAAGGUGCUGUUGAAUUCGGUCACUGUCCAGAGAAAAUUCGUUUCCGUAUGUCUCCUUAUACAUAUGGUGUUGAUACAGUUGCCCCUUUUCGUCAUGGGAAAGAUCCUUCCAGUAAGCAUUGGGAAUUUGAUGGUGAGGCGUAUUGCUUGGAUAAGUUUCACAUACAUGUGAAGAAAAACCAAUCAGUCGAAACAGGCACAGAGAUAUCGAACAAGAAUUAUCACCCAAUGACUAAAGAGCAAACAAGCAUGAACUUCAAAAUUGUAACUUCAGAUGCAUUGAGCCCAAUUUAUGUCGAUGACCCUGGAAACAGAAUCAUAGGAAGCUUUGAAGUUCGAAUUCCUAAUGCCUUUAGUAGUUCGGAAAGAUCUGUUAAUGUCAAAAUGAUAUUUCGCGGUACAGAACUUGACGUUGAAGCACAAGAUGCCCAUACUCAACAAAAAUAUAAGACUUCAUUUAAAUUUGAAUAGUAAAUGGUACUGUAGUUAUCACGCUGUCUACGUUUUCGAAGGUUCGCCUUUUAUCUCAUUUUGUCUCUACGACUUCAAUACUAACAUAUCUAUUACCUUUUUUUUUAUAUAUAUCUAUUGUUUUCGUGACAUUAUCGAUACGAUACAGUUAAUAUACUAAAACAAAUUUACCACAACAAAAAAAUGAAAUGAAAGAGUGAAGUAUAUUCGUCAAGCGCAUGAGGGACCAAAUUUAUUUGGUAUGGGGUUGUUACUUGCCAGCUUAUUCAUGUACACAUCAAACGAAUUUAUAUCUGAAUCUGACCCCCUCAGUAUUUCUAACGAAAUGAAAUAAACAAAUAGUUGUAUAUAGUUGAACUCCUUUAUAAAGAAAGUGACUAUCUUUGAUCUAGUAAAUUUAAAAUAACAUAUCUGAUGUUAACCUGGUAUAAUCAUUUGUUGUUACAUCACCUAAAUUACCAUUGUCUUAGACCAUCCGAUCUAUAAGAUCAUUUGAUAUAUACAUCCAUAAAUGUGUAUAUUACUUGUGUCCAUAAUCUGAAUUAGGAAUAUGCCUUUUACUUUUAAAAAACACGUCGGGUUUUCUAUUCGAUCUUUUGCCAGGUGAAACCAAAGACUUGAAAACUUCAAAGUAGGGUUUAUAUUCAUUUGAAUUGAUGGUAACACAUGCAUGUGCUAUAUGCCUAGGACUUUUAACAUUAACCCGCCAUCAUCAUCAAAAUCUUUUUCACAGUUUUGUGAUGAUCAAUGUGCCUAUGGAUCAUUUUCAAAUUAUUUGUUAUUUUCUUAUUGUUGAAACUGCAAGCCCUUUAUGCAUGUUAUAGUUUGGGUUGACUUUGUAAAAGAACUUAUAGAAACAUAUAGCGACAUCUUGGGGAUGUAAUUUCAAUUGAAACUUAAGAAAUUACGUCGGCUUAUGUAUUUACCAUGGUUUCAUUUUUUUACUUUCUUAAUAUAUUGCUGAAAUGGACUCAAUAUAUUCAUGUUUCUUUGGUGUAGUUGAUUUUUAUUACAUUCGGAUUGGCUAUUUUAUUUCUUUCUAUUCAUUGCAAUAAUUAAAUAAAUCCAAAAUCUUAUUGUGUACUU